UUUUCAGAUACGCGCUUUUAGAUUCACGUCAAUUAGAGCACCAUUGAAACCUUCAGAAUAAGUUGAACAGAACAAUUGCGUGCUAAAUAGUCAGUCCAUCUUUUUGAUUGAUACGGACUAUCUGACGUGUAGCUCGAAUCGCGUCCAGUUUUGCCCAAAUUUGUCCCAAAAUUUAGCCCCAAAGCUAUGAAAACUGAAAUUAUCUAACCACUGGUCCCUCGAAUCUUUUAUUCUUGUCAUACCAUAGUCGAAUCUGCUUAUAUUUUAUUCUAUCUUGAUUGCCAUAAUUCAACUCUACCAUUUUUUGGUCUAUUUUAACUGUAUUAUAACUCGCGCAUCCGAAGCUAAUUUGGCUUUCUGUCCAACCGAAUUAUCGAUUGUUUAUCGGGGUUAUAUUGCGUAUAUUGUCAUGUACUUACCAGAUAGAUAAACACAUAUCACCGCCCCAGUCCGGCAACUAUAUCUUUCAAUUUUUCAUUGAGAAUUUACACGCAACCGAUGCUAUAAGGCAUACACCUCUUUUUUUCUCCUAAAAUUACUUGCAUUUUUUCAGUCGAAGUUGGUACUGCAACUAAAUAAUAACCCUAAGAUCAGACGAAUUAAAUCCGGAUUUUUUUAAGUUAUAGGAAGUUACCUGCUUUGUCAAUAUUACAGGGCAGGCUUCAUAAUUUUUGAAGAAAGUUUGUAAAACUAGUAGUGAGUUAUGCUAUACCAUUAUUUAAUUUAAUGAUACUUAAAUUUUCAUAUAUUAGGCAACGGAAUGUAUUUACAAUCAUACCGUGCAUAGCUUGUGCUAAGCAAAAAAAACACCAUUCACCUUAAAAACUAUUUUGUAGACUCUGUUCCACGAUUACGGUUGUUUAAUUUAUUUAAAUUUUUGACACCGUUACCAAUAUUUCUAUCAAAAUAGUUUAUUGACGGGUAUUAAAAACAGAAAAACGUGCGACUUAAGCUGUUUUCCAAAUAAUUAUCUAUAUAGAUCCUUUAUUUCGCAGGCAAUUUUAUUCACAGUUUAAUUUUCCCCAUCAUCAAUAAUUUAAAAGCCUUCUUUUUACUUUCUUAUAUUGAAUUCACGUAGUUUCCCCAUCAUAAUAAAAGUUAUUAAACAAUCCGUGACAAAAAAUGGAUAAACGUAGCAAUAAAUUUCCUAAAAAGGAAACGGGGAUGUCGGCUCCGAGCCCAGAAGCGAACGAGGGGAUUGCAGUGGACUUCGGCGGUUUGGACAUUGUCAGUUUGUUCGAUGAUAAAACGAAACAAAUUGCAACUACUGCCCAGGAAGUGUACGGAUCAGGGAAAAGUUCACUGAAGUUUAUGAAACAUGACGUCAUAAACUUGACAUGUUUCUACAAAAAUUUCGAUCACCCUUUGAAAAUAAUCUGGAAAUGGGAACCAAACACCGACUAUUCGCCGGCUCGCAUUAACAACCCGAAUAGUCGAGUGCUAUCCGACAGUAGUGUCGGCGGCGGUGGUGGCAGCGGAGGGCGGCAGUCAGUGGCGGCAGUUGGCAUUCCUCAGAACCUUGUGUUCUACCAGACCAAGGCAGUUGACGGAAGAGUGGUGUUCGAAUCCCGGUCAGACCAAGUAGCAUUGGAGCGCAACACAAUCUUGACCUUCGAUGACAAGUGCGACUCAACUUCAACUUCUUCAUCUUUAUCCUCUUCUUCUUCUAGAACAUUCUCAGACUCGUUUGCUGGUGAUUCAUCAGGAAGUGGCUUCGGCAGUGCUGCGCUAGGGUCUCAGCCAAAUCAAUCCGGAUCGUCAUCAUCAGGUGGGGCGAAAGGUGAAGGGGUUGGCGGAUGUCCGGCUCAUCUGAGGGUGUUGGACGCAGACCCCCUCUAUUCGGGCACCUACUCCUGUCUAGUGAGUGACAUGCGGGGGGCAGCAGCUGCAGAAUACACUGUAGACAUAUUAGAACAAGCGCCCCCCGAGGACGUGCAGCUGAAGAUGGUGAGUGUGACUGCCACCUACUACCCUGGGGGGUCAAGGUCAACCCAGGUCAUCGCCUCAGGAGAGGAACUGACCCUCGAAUGCUCCUCCGACGGAUUCCCAUCCCCCAUGAUCAAAUUCAUGCUGGACGGCAAUGACAUAGAACUCGGUUGGGUGCGCAUCAUCGACGACACCCGCACGAGUGAGGGCAAAUACCUGAAGAGGUCAAUCAAGAUCACAGACAUUGACCUGAAGAAGCCCGAGCUGACGUGGAAGUGUCAAGCGAACAACAUGAAGGGCUACGACGUCUCAGACGAGCUCCAUACGUCCUAUCAAUAUAAGCCCACAAUAGUGACUCAGAGUCUUCUUCAGGCGGAGAAGCGUGUGAGGAUCAACAGCGAAGUGCGCAUCAUGUGUGACGUCAAGGACGGAAACCCAGCCAGUGGUGCAGAUAGACUGGAGUCAUGACCGGAUGAGUGACGUCAAAGGCCACAGUGAGGUGUUGCGGGUGCCAAAUGUGACCAGAUCACACGCUGGCAGGUACAAGUGCACGGUGAAGAACGAGCACGGGGCAGCCUCCAAAACAGCCCAAGUCAAAGUGCUAUACCGACCCACAUUGAGCUUCCAGUUGACUCCUAGUAAGAGGGCCUUUUUGGAGGGGGAGUCGGUGCAGAUCUCGUGCAGAACCAAUGCGGACCCCAUGCCAGAAUCACACAAGUUUAAAGUCUACUACGCCAACACAAAUUCCAUCCCAGAAUCAGAGGCCUUCCUGAUGGUCGGCAACCCCAAUUUCCGGGCCGCACAAGAAGCCAACAUGCGCUCGCAAGAUACGAGACAGUACACGAUCAGCUCUCUCACCAGACAACACUCGGGUAGCUACAUGUGUGAGGCGGAAAACAGGGCGGGCAAAACGACAGAGGAAAUCGACCUCUCUGUACAGUUCGGGCCAAUCAUCACCCCACUGCAGACGGGCUAUAUUGACGAAGGCCACGCUUUACUUCUCAAGUGUGACGUGCAAAGUGAGCCCCCCUCUAAGAUCACGUGGUUCUCACCCGACCGCAGACCCAUCGCCAAAGGGCCGGUGCUGGAGAUCAAGAAAGUGACCCAGUCGGAUGCGGGCGUGUAUCUCUGCAAGGCUGAGACUACAUUUUACAACGAAAAAGUGGCGACGGAUUCAAUGGAAGUCCAAGUAUUUGUCAAAUUCCCCCCGCAGUACCUGCCAUGCAGUCCCCUCAACCUGGAGGGUCUGUUCUCCGCACUGCCUGCCCAGAGGGCCACCCUCUGCUGCCAGUUCGUCCUCUACCCCACAAAUCAGCCGGUGCGAGUACAAUGGUUCAAACAAACACGUGAGAACAGUGAUGAAAUAUCUCAGGAGUACGUGAGGACAUCUCAAGACCAGUCGUCGGAUUACCAGGUGAAACUGAAGUCGGAACUCACGAUCGACAGAGUGACAGACGACAACUUCACCGACUACUUCUGUGCUGUGAAGAAUGAAAAAGGCGAACAGUUCAAGAAGAUACGGCUGGACAGAUUACGCAAGCCUAGGGCUCCUUCGGUCCAAGAUGUGAAGAGCGAGAGUCCGGCUGGACUUCGGGUGUCGUGGACCCCAGUGCCAUACAUGACAGCUGGAAACAGCUACUACCAGGUGGCAUACAGACCGGCUAGCAGUAAUGGAGGAAGCAACAACAACAACAAAGAGUUCACGACGUUGGACGCUCGUAACAGCAACGAAAUUCUCAUUUCGUCUCUGAAACCGAACCAGAAAUACGACGUCUCCGUCAAAGCCUGUAACAGUGUCGGCUGCAGCGACUACACCAAACCCAUCCAGGGAAUGGCCGCCAGUCGAUCAGGGGGAGGCGGUUCGAGUUCCGGUGGGGGCGGGGAAGCUUUAGGUGCGGGGGGAAACACUGUUCCGCUUCGGACGAUGGUGAUUGUGCCGUUGAUCUUAGUGGGAUUGGUGCUAUUGGUUUCCCUCCUCAUCGUCAUCUGUCGCAGAAAUCGAGAUCAAAGGCGAAACGCCGCCCUCAAAAAAGACAGAAUCCCGGUACACGCGGGUAAACGUGGGCUUGUUGCCGUACCCGGUAGCAGCUCCGCAAGUCAAUGCGGGUUCAUUGGGGUCGGGGAUCCGGGGCCAUCGGGUAACUAUUACCCGCCGAACUCACCCGAAAUGGCUGCUCAAGUCGUUUCGCUAUGGAGCAACACUUCGGUUUUGCCCGGGUCCCCCUUUUCAUCCCAAAACCCGUCGGGUGGGCAACCAUCGGCUAUGCUUUAUAACAGUCACGUUGUUCCGACCUUACGAAUGCCCCACAACAUGACUAAUGGCUCGUUGCCGAAAGGUAUAGUUGCACACCCUGAAGAGCUGGAAGUUCUAAAACAAAACCAAGUAUCAAACUUGGCAACUGGGCCGCCUAUUCUGAACAACAACGGAAUCGGAACACUAAACAGCAACGGCAACAAUCUAAACAUAAACACUCUCUCAUCAAUAAUCAGCCAUCCAGGUUCCGACCAGGAACCCUCCAGUAAGAAAAAGGGGGACCCAGCUACUUAUGUGGACUACUCAAUGGGACCCCCGGGUAACCCUUCGUAUCAGUUACUGACUCCGCAACAUCCAACUGGCCACCCGCCGCUCUCUAGCUCACUCGGUGGUCCUGAUAGACCCCCGGCGGGCGGAAACAACGCCGCCGCUCAACAUCAUCCUCAGCUUAAUUCAGUCAUCAACAUGUCCAACUCUUUGGAUAAAGCUUCCUUCAACAGACUUAGAGUUUGCAUUCCAGGCGAACCGGAAGGCAAGGAGCGGGUCCGAUUCGCAGACGCCGACGGAAACACUCUCUACCCUGGAGAUGUGGAACCCCAUGCUCCUGCCAACCCCCCGCAACUACACCAUUCACUGACAAACGGGAAGCUCCCGCAGCAAAAUGGGGGGCCGAAAUACAACCCCCAAGUCACCAAUGCUCCCCGCUACAACACCCUUCCGAACCGCCUAUCUCCUCAAUCACCGCCACUAUCCGGCGGCAACUACCCGGGUAGCAGUUGUUCAAGUUCCAGUAGCCCCCCGAUAAUUGCCAACAUUCCUCCCAACUCCGCCGGUCCAGGUGGGGGCCAGUAUCCCGCGUCAUCUAUGGCCGCGGGGGCUAUAGCCUCCGUACAAGCAGACCAUAUCUACUCUACCACUUCCAGAGUAAAGCCAGUUCCCCUUCCCAGGGCACCCAGCACAAAUCUUAGCCAAUCACAAUUAAGUAAUAGCAGCAACAGUUCAGUCGCCAGUAAAUCACCCCCUCCCCCUAGCUUACCGGCAGCUGCCGCCAACGGACCCAUUUUAAAGAAGGGAACAGCGUCUGCAGCUCGGAAUUUGAGCGAAGCGAUAACACCGCCCGUCACAAUAGAAGGCGAUCAUAAAACUUUGACCUUGAAAUGUCCGAGCGGAUAUUCAAUAACAUCAGUUUGAACUUCGCUGAACUCUAACUUAAUUCAGUUCACAUCGCCAGUCAAUCAUUGAAUGUGUCAAAAACUAUAUGUGAAAAAAUGCUUGGAAUGAAAAAUCAGUGAAUUCAAAAUCGACCAAUUACAUUGGGCAUAAAUUGAAAAACCCUAAAAAUUGUGCAAUUCGAAUAUUGAUAAUUUAUUUAAUUUUGUAAUCCAAUCUUAAACCAGGUUGUUUAGAUUGAUUAUUCUGUUGCUAUUGUAAUUUAAUGUUCUUAUUUCUUGUAUAUGAUUUCGAAUCAAGAGUCAAAUUCGCUAAUUGAAAUAUUUUACAUACCUGAACAGUUUGUAAUUUUAGAG